UAGGAAAUUUAAAUAUAUUUGUUUUGGCAACACAGAACUCCACAUGUGUCCAACAUUAUUUUGCCGGUGUAUCUUUACUAUUAUUUUUAAAUUCAAUAAUAAAUAAUUAUUCUUUGGACUAAGUGAAAAUAAACGAAAAAUAUUGAAAUUGGUAACGUAUUUAAGCUUUCUACAUUGGAGUACUCAAAAUAAAUUACAUUAGUUUAAAUUGCCAACCCAUGAAUGUUAAAGAAUAUUGCAAAGAAAUUAUUGUGGCACUGUGAUAACUUUCAUAUUUCCAAUUUUCGUUUAUUGGGUAUUGACACCACAAUGACUUUGGAGCAGGCUAAGCAAGUAGCAGCUUACAAAGCAGUUGAUGAAUUUGUAACAAAUGACUGUGUUUUUGGUGUCGGUAGUGGUUCAACUGUAGUGUAUGCCGUACAACGCCUAGCAGAACGAGUUGAAACAGACAAAUUAAAGAUAAUAUGUAUACCAACUUCUUUUCAAGCCAAACAAUUAAUCAUAAAGCACAAUCUUACAUUGGGAGAACUUGAAACAAGUCCCCAAAUUGAUGUCACGAUUGACGGUGCUGACGAAGUGGACUCAAACAUGAUCUUAAUAAAAGGAGGAGGUGGCUGCCUUCUUCAAGAAAAAAUUAUUGCUUCAUGUUCAAAAAAAUUGAUUGUAAUUGCAGACUAUACUAAAGACUCUGUGAAACUGGGUGACAGAUACAAGAAAGGGAUACCCAUUGAAGUUAUUCCAAUGGCAUAUAUUGCCAUUAAAAAUAGAAUCAUCUCUCUGUUUGGUGGCGACAUUAAGUUGAGAAGUGCUGUUGCUAAAGCUGGACCCGUUGUAACAGACAAUGGUAACUUCAUCUUGGACUGGUUGUUUACAAAUCAAGAUUUAGAUUGGCAAAAAGUAAAUACUACAAUAAAGAUGAUACCUGGUGUUGUAGAAACUGGCUUGUUCAUUAACAUGUGCCAGAAAGCUUACUUUGGGCAACCAGAGGGGAAUGUGAUAGAGAGAUCUGUUUAGGUAUAAGUAAAAAUUGUUUUGUUUUAUUAUAUAUUUCUAAGUUUUUUUUACUUUUUAUAUGCAAAUUGUUCUUUUAAAAAUAUAUUCAUAAAAAAUA